GACUCCAGGGAUCCGGAACAUACACGGCCUGAAGGUGAACACAAGGCCCAAUGACUGUUCCCCCGCCGCCAUCGGCUCUAUGCCCAACAAUAGUCCCAGUCUAAAGAAGUCCUCCGCAGAACUAAAGAAGAUUUUGACUAAUGGACAGAUCAAUGGCCAAGACAUACAAUACCAGGAGCAGCUUGGCCAUGGAAACGGAGGGACCGUGUACAAAGCGUACCAUCUUCUCGGCAACAGAGUGUUGGCGGUGAAGGUCAUUCCUCUGGAUAUCACAGUGGAGCUACAGAAACAGAUCAUGUCUGAGUUGGAGAUCCUCUACAAGUGUGAUUCCUCCUACAUCAUAACCUUCUACAGUGCCUUCUUUGUGGAGAACAGGAUCUCCAUAUGCACAGAGUAUAUGGACGGUGGCUCUCUGGACGUAUACAGGAGGAUCCCAGAACAUGUGUUGGGUAGGAUCUCUGUGGCGGUUGUGAAAGGCCUAACCUAUCUAUGGAGCCUGAAGAUUCUUCACAGAGACGUCAAGCCUUCCAACAUGCUGGUCAACACUAGAGGUCAAGUGAAGCUCUGUGACUUUGGAGUCAGCACGCAGUUGGUGAAUUCCAUCGCCAAGACGUAUGUGGGAACCAACGCCUACAUGGCACCAGAGAGGAUAUCUGGGGAGCAGUAUGGUAUCCAUUCAGACGUCUGGAGCGUGGGCAUCUCCUUCAUGGAGGUGAGUGCAGAGUGCAGGCGUUUGUGUCUGUGUGUCUGUGAUUGCAGAGUGCAGGUGUUUGUGUGUGUCUGUGAUUGCAGAGUGCAGGUGUUUGUGUCUGUGUGUCUGUGAUUGCAGAGUGCA